AUGACAAAUGCAUACAUCCUAGGAGCGAUCAGUGGGCACAAUGUGGUGAGCGCCUGUCUCCCCGCUGGCACCUAUGGCACUACCUCAGCCGCGACAGUUGCGAGCUCCAUGUUCUUUAGUUCUGGCUCCAUACAGCAUCUCCUCAUGGUGGGGAUUGGCGGAGGGGUACCAUCAGAACCCAACGAUCUGAGGCUUGGUGAUGUCGUCGUCAGCGAUACUUUUGAGAGAACAGGAACCCUGAGCAAACCUUCCACAUCCCUCCUGGCCGCAGUCACAAAGCUCCGAGCCGACCACUAUUGCAGCGGGAAUCUGAUUGCAGCACUCGUGGCUCAAAUGCUAGCCAACCGCCCUCCGAUGGUACGAGAAUUCACUCGUCCCGACAACGAGCCUGACAGGCUGUUCCAUGCGAACUACGAACAUGAUCCAUCCCAGCGCACAUGCGCUAAUUGUGAUGCAAAGAAAUUGAUCUUGCGUUCAGCAUGCAAGGACACCCAGCCAGCUGUCCAUUACGGCUUGAUCGCUUCCGAAAACCAGGUGAUCAAGCAUGCAGGCACCCGUGACCGACUGCUGCGAACCGCCGUCCUGAUGAAUAACUUCCCUUGCCUAAAGAUUCGAGGAAUCUCAGACUCUGCUGAUUCGCAUAACAAGCAAUGA